CGCACGGCCGAUGAACUUCUACACAAUCCCAUAACUGCAUGCCUUGCUCCUUCUGAUCUCUCUCUCUCUCUCUCUCUCUCUCUCUAGAAUGGCGUUAGACCAAGGCCGAUUUCCGGCGAACGAAAGUUUGUCAGAGAAGUUUCUGGCCCAACACAAGGAGAAGCAUUUCACCGCCGGUGAAAUUGUCCGCGACGUCAUCAUCGGCGUCUCUGAUGGCCUCACCGUUCCCUUCGCCCUCGCCGCCGGUCUGUCCGGCGCCGCCGCACCUUCCUCUCUCAUCCUCACCGCCGGACUCGCCGAGGUCGCCGCCGGCGCCAUCUCCAUGGGACUCGGCGGGUAUCUAGCGGCGAAGAGCGAGGCGGACCAUUACUGGCGCGAAUACAAGCGGGAGCAGGAGGAGAUCGUUAGUGUUCCUGACACUGAGGAAGCUGAAGUAUGCGAGAUACUCGCGGAGUAUGGUCUGCAGCCCCACGAGUACGAACCCCUAGUUGCAGCGCUCCGCAGGAAUCCUCAAGCCUGGCUGGACUUUAUGAUGAAGUGA